AUGUCGGACAAACCGUUACCCCCGCCGCAACCUCUCAACCAGUCUCUCCCGCCUCUUCCUCCCCUCCAGACGAAAGAGCUGCCCAAGAUGAACAUCACCCGCCGUCCGGUUGCGAAGCAGCCCGCCCCGCCACCGCAAGAAGCGGAACAACCUUCGCCAACUGGUUCUAUCGGAAGUCUGCUGUCAGCAUACUCGAGGAGUUCCGGCGAGUCUCUCAUGAAGUCGCCGGGUGGAAGUUCAUAUCAGCGAGAUUCGGCCCCAUUGUAUCCUUCUGAUCAAGAUGGAACAAGAGAGGCCAAGAUCCUGACACCAACCUCGCCGUCCUCUGGUGACAAUGAAGCAUCAUACUCCCACUUUGGCGCACCAAACUUCACAACCCACAAAGGCUUGCCGCCUGCACCGGGUUAUCAGCGAGGGCAAGCCGCUCCUCCUCCGCCUGCAAAGUCAGGACAGGAGGCAGGUGUCAGCAGUCCAACGAGCUUUGAAUCAGCUUCGUCGCCUCAACGACCGAUAUGGAGGAGAAGAUCUGUCAAAUCUGAUCGCAAUAUAGAAGUACCUGAUCUUAAACUUUCAGUUAGCCAUGGCUCGACUGCAGCUUCCACACCAAACACCACACAACCGUCGUCAACCACCGCACCUCCCCCAGCGCAGCAGUUUCCCCCUCGCACGACUUCCGGCCUGCCCGGCAGGAAUAUUAGACCUAUCCACCUUCAAAACCUCCCUCCAGCACCAGCAGAAGAAGAAAUGGGCCAGGAAGCAUCGCGGUUGAAGCAGAAGGUGACACGCCUCCGCGGCGAGGAAGGAGCGAACGUGGGAGCUUCACAUAGCGACACGGCCCUCUCGCCCUCUCAGCGCCUGCCGACUCCGGAUUACGAGAAGGAAGACGUCAAGACGCCCGUGGUUGAUACUGUCGUCUCUCCCAUUUCACCAGCUUCGUCCCCCGAGCCUGCCGCCGACCAAGCGAGCGCCGAGGCAAAACCGCCCAUCCCGCGCAAGGCAGUCACCCAGCGCAACGUCCACAACGCCCAGAGUCUUCCCCAGCUUCGAGUCGAGCAGCCCACCACCAACAGCGAGGCUCCUCCAACCAUCACCAGAGACUUUGCCGUCAGUCCCACCAGCCCACCGACACAGGGCCAUUUCCCAGCUCGGACUACAUCCAACCAGCAGCCGCAGCAGCCGCAGCAGCAGCAGCAGCAGCAGCAGCAACAGAGAGGCCAAUGGCAACCUGCAGCUCGGGAACAUGCGCCUGCCCCCGCGUUCGCGCAGCAAAACGGCCACAUGCGUUCUGCCUCGAGGGACCAACGACCGGGCCAGGAACCCGUCGAGUACCGCGACAUGAAGGAGCUCGACCCGCCCGCCGACCCCCGCGCCUCCUUCUUCCCCAUCACCACCCCCGAGCCGCCCAGCCCGGGCAUCGUCUACAACGCGCGCCCCCUCAAGGAGAGCAUGUUCGACUGCUACGUCCGCCACCGAACCAUGGACCGCACCCGCAACCGCAACUACGCCCUCACCUGCCAGACCUGCGGCAAGGCCGACACCGAGGACCGCUUCAAGUGCCAGUGGUGCUACGUCCGCAUGUGCGCCGCGUGCUUCCACGUCUUCAAUGACAACCGCAGGGAUCUCAGGAAGCUCGUCGCUCACCUGGAUACCGCCGCUCAGAAUGGCGAGGCAGCGCAUGAAGAGCAGCCGGCUGAGCAAGCGCCCGCUCAAGAGAUACAGCGGCAGCAGCCUCCUCAGGUUGUCGCCGCUUGA